UAAAGAAAAUAUUUUUCAUGGCUGCCAUUGCAGGAAGGCUUUUCGCUCUCGACUGUUCUUUGCAAUCUGGACAAUUAGCAGUCUACGCGAAGCUACUGGAUCACCAAUUCAAUGGAUAUACUCUUUAAUAUACCCAAUAUAAAUAGUAAUGGCUGCCCUCAUGAUCACCAAACACAACUCACUCAUGGCUUCCACAAUGUCAAUGACCAUCUCUCAUACAGGCUUAAUUUUUCCCAAGGAGACUCUGGGCUCAAAAUUCGCGCCUAAAUGUAAGCAUUUUACAGUGCAAGCCCUCCAAGAAAAUAGGCCACCUGAGGUCAAUACCAGCAAGAGGAAUUUCCUGAGAUUGGCUGUGGGUUCUGUGGGACUGGGAUUAUCUGCUGCCCAAAAAGCCAAGGCAGAGGAGUCUUCUACAAUAUCAUACUCAAGAUUUCUGGACUAUUUAGAUAAAGAUCGAGUGAGAAAAAUGGACAUUUUCGAGAAUGGAACAGUGGGUAUAGUGGAAUUAGUGUCUCCUGAGCUGGGGAAUCGGGUACAGAGAGUCAGAGUGCAAUUGCCCGGGACGAGCCCUGAAUUAAUCAGAAAACUGAAGGAAAAGAAUAUUAAUUUUGCUGCCCACCCAUUGCAGGAAGACAUGCGGGAUUUCAUCCUUAAUCUAUUGGGCAACUUAUCCUUUCCUUUAAUCUUAAUUGGUACUUUGUUGAUAUUCUCUAGGUCUCAGAGUGGUCUAGGUGGCCCCGGAGGACCAGGGUUUCCUUUGGGGUUAGGACAGUCUAAGGCAAAAUUUCAGUUGGAGCCCAAUACUGGUGUAACUUUUGAUGAUGUUGCUGGGGUUGAUGAGGCCAAGCAGGAUUUUAAGGAGAUUGUAGAAUUUUUGAAAAGGCCUGAGAAGUUUACUGCAGUGGGAGCAAGGAUCCCAAAGGGGGUUUUGUUAGUGGGUCCUCCUGGAACUGGUAAAACCUUGCUGGCAAAGGCUAUAGCUGGCGAAGCAGGCGUUCCCUUCUUGUCAAUUUCUGGGUCGGAGUUUAUAGAGAUGUUUGUAGGAAUAGGGGCUUCUAGGGUUCGUGACCUGUUCAAGAAGGCCAAGGAGAAUGCCCCUUGUAUUAUAUUUAUUGAUGAGCUUGAUUCUGUGGGAAGACAGAGAGGGACUGGAAUUGGUGGAGGAAAUGAUGAGAGGGAGCAGACCUUGAAUCAGCUACUUACUGAAAUGGAUGGAUUUGAAGGGAACACUGGAGUUAUAGUCAUUGCUGCCACCAAUAGAGUUGAUGUCCUCGAUGCAGCCUUGCUUCGUCCUGGCAGGUUCGACAGACAGGUCACUGUUGAUGUUCCUGAUAUAAAUGGUCGGAAAGCCAUCCUUAAGGUCCAUGCAAGCAACAAGAAGCUGGGCAAAGAUGUCUUACUUGAUGUUGUUGCCAUGAGAACACCUGGGUUCAGUGGUGCUGAUCUUGCAAACCUCAUGAAUGAAGCAGCAAUUCUUGCUGGAAGACGAGGCAACCAAUAUAUAUCAAGUAAGGAAAUAGAUGAUGCAAUAGACAGGACUGUGGCUGGUAUGGAGGGCACAGCAAUGACUGAUGGAAAGAGCAAGAGUUUGGUGGCUUACCAUGAAGUUGGACAUGCAAUUUGUGCUACGAUGACCCCUGGGCAUGACCCAGUUCAAAAAGUUACUCUUGUGCCCCGAGGACAAGCGAGGGGUCUUACAUGGUUUUUGCCUGGAGAGGACCCUAGUCUUAUUACCAAGCAGCAAAUUUUUGCUCGGAUCGUGGGGGCUCUCGGUGGCAGAGCUGCAGAAGAAAUCAUAUUUGGUGAACCUGAGGUCACAUCAGGAGCAGCCAAUGACUUGCAGCAGGCGACACAAAUGGCAAAACAGAUGGUUACGAGGUUUGGAAUGUCUGAAAUUGGUCCAUGGGCUUUAUUGGAUCCUGUAGUGCAAAGUGGUGAUGUUGUUUUACGCAUGAUGGCAAGGAAUUCCAUGUCAGAGAAGCUAGCAGAAGACAUUGAUAAAGCUGUGAAAGGCAUUUCAGAUAAUGCAUAUGAGGUGGCUAAGAGUCACAUCAGGAGCAACCGGGCAGCAAUGGAUAAGAUUGUGGAGAUCUUAUUAGAAAAAGAGACACUUUCAGGGGAUGAGUUCAGGGCCAUCCUAUCUGAGUUUACAGAGAUGCCAGUCAGCAGCAAGGAUGUACAGGCUGCUCCUCAGCUAGCAUCAGCUUGAUGCAUAUGGCUAAAAGAUUGUAAGAAUAUAGUGUAAGGUUAUACAGCAAAGUAGGAUGCAAGAAGCCUUGCAUUUUCUGGAUAUGUAUAGAGAGAUUUUGUGUCUUUAGUUAGACAAGUGUGCCAUUAUGUACAUAUGUAUAGAGUUUGUAACUAAAUUUUAUUAUAUAUGAUUUAUAGAGAGCUUUGGUUCUAUAA